AUGGCAACUAAAAUUCCCACGGAAAUAAUAAUUAAAAUUUUAAACAAUGUUCAAUCUGAAGAUUUACAUUCAUCAUUAUUAGUUAAUCGAAUCUGGUGUAAAGUUACUAUACCUAUACUUUGGGAAUUAAUUUUGGAUCAUGAAUAUUAUUCUAUAAAUCGGAAGACAUCAUUAUGUAUUCGAACUUAUAUAUCGUGUAUGAAUACUCAAACUAGAACUUUACUUAUUCAAAAUGGAUUUGAUUUAUCCUCAUCACCACCUCAAGCCACUUUUGAUUAUCCAUCAUUCACUCAUAAAAUUAUAAUUAAUAAUUUGGCUAAUCUUAUUACCAUAUACUCACAACAAAUUAUUGAUUAUUUUAGUUUAGCGAAAGUCAAUUAUUCUUGUCCUUAUAAAGAUUUAAUUGGCUCAAUUCUCGAGUUACCUGGUGCCCUGAAAGUAUUUAAGAAAUUAAAAGAUUUUACUUCAAUGAGAGGAAAUAUUAGCCAGAUUGUUCCAUUAUAUGAAUCAUUACUCUUAAUUUGUGAUAAUAUUUUAAAUAUGAAUUUGUCUUAUUUUUCUUUUACUUCAUCUUAUCAAGAGGAAUUAUUCUCAAAACUUAUUAGUGUUCAAAAACAAUUAGAAAACUUAACAAUUUUUGCUUUUACUAAACUAGAUUAUUCAUUAUUUUGGGCUAUUAUUAGUCAGAAAGAAACGUUAAAGAGUCUUCAUUUAAAAUUCGCACGUUUUUAUAAUUUCGAGGGAGUAUCAUCACCAAUUGGACAAAUUAUUUCACUUCAAGAACUUGAUCUUCAAGAUUGUUAUGAAUUUCAUAAACCGGAAUGUUUAUUCUUGGCUUCAUCAUUUAUACGAUUAAGUAGUUUUCAUUAUUGGAAUUUGAAAUCUGAACAUGAUGGGUAUAGGCAUCCUCAAGAAUUUAUCGUAAAAAUUCUCGAAACAGCCAAUACAAAUUUAAAAAAUAUUCGUCUAGAUUUACGUCCCAAAAUUCCAUUUGAUAUAUUUUCAACAAUUUUAAAUUAUUGUACAAAGGUGACUAAUUUAACUUUAUGUAAUUUGAGUCCUGAACAGGUAAUAGCAAUAUUUAAUAAUAAUUUUAAUGAAUUAAAGAGAUUUUCAUUUGGUUGUGAAAAGGGAUUGGAUGCUGAUGAAUUAUUAUGUCAAAUGGCUAAAAAUGUACCAGAAUCACUUGAAACUAUUGAAAUUAAUAUGGUCUAUGAUAAUUUUUGGAAAUUUAGUGCUGACAGUUUAAGAAAAUUUUUAGACGGGUGGUGUUGUAAAGGAGGAGGUGGAAGAGUUAAAAGGAUUAUUAUAAAAAAUAAAAAAAAUAUAAGUAAAAGGAUUCCUCUAAAUAUUCUAGAAUUGUUACCAUAUACAUUAACUCUUGAACACUUUAAAGUUAUUGAAGAAUAUGGAAUUAAAUUUAAUUUAGUAGAAUAUUAUUAA